AUGUCUGUGAACGCUGAAUGUUUUCAGAGCGCAAGACUAAUUGAUCGCUCUGGCUACGUCACUGGAGUCCAGGGAUCUUUGCCUCCCGGUACUGUAAUGCCACCUGCAGGAGACUCCACUUGUUGUUGUAGCACGGACCGUACCCACCUUGGUGGUAGCCAAAUACGUACUUUGGCUUCAGGUGGCAUUAUACUUGACAAUGGUUGGGCACAUUUGAGCGACACAGUGCCAACAUUUUCUACCGAAUAUCCGCUGUACAAAUCAACGCAGUUUGAUGUUGGUGAAGUGAAAUUCGAUCCUUUUUUUGCUACCGAAGCUGCAGCUCAACCGGAGCCAAAGAAUUUGAAGAAAUACAAGGUAAAAGUGAAUCUCUGGUUCAGUCCUGAACACACAAACUGUGCCAUUCACGACCAUCACAGUGAAAACAAGGCUAAGGAAAUACUCGAGGUUCACACGCAGGUCUACGGAGUCGGCCGCAUGCAGAAGUUCCACGAUGAUAAGUUCUCGACAAUUUACGAGGAUGUCAUCCUUGGUGAGGGAAUGACUCACACUCCUUUUGCCGCUGUCCACGAGGACGGUACCUUCUAUUAUCCAUGGCAUCAGUAUUACGCUGAUACCGAUUGUAUCUGGAUGGCUGUAGAAUUUCACCCGCAGUAACGUUAUAAAAAGGAUCGAUUUGGAAAUUUGAAUAAUAGACUGAUGGGUAUAGUUGAAAUGAGUUAAAAAGCAAUGGCUUUUAUGAAACUUAGGGCGGCCAUUA